GCAAUUAACAGUUUGUUACGGGGGAGCUAGCAAAUAAAGUUUAUUAGUAGUAGUAUUAUUAGCAUUAUUAUUACUAGCUAGGGUUGCCAACUUUUCAACUCGAUUUGGCAGCCAUACCUUUAGAAGUGGCUCAACUGGGAGGAAUCUAUCCAUUGACGCGCCCCCGUCUCUUUAUCUCCAUGCCAGGGAGGUAGGAGGGGAAACCCCAGCUAAAAUUCUUUCAGGCUGUUAUUAAAAACUAAGGUUGCCAACUUAUUGAAUGGCCUCUGCACCUAUGCCUUGACCAGUGGGUCAUUUGGUAGGAACCUGCAUGGAUAGUAGGAUUAUCACCUGCUAAAUCCUGCCUGCCGGUUGCCCUUGAGAGCAAAGCGGCAGAGAAUCCGGUGGAAACGUCGGCCACCCUUUUCAAGCAGAGGAGCCGGGGUGAAGAGGGAAAGUUGGCAACCUCCACCGCUAUCCAGCACGACUGCCUGCUGCUCCGCGCCCUCCUUAGGCAAGUUUAACUUUUUAAAAGAGUCAGUGACGGCAGCGGCCGCGGCAGCGGGAGAAGAAGGCGUCUGGCGACUCCUGUCAGAAAGGAUUUAUGAGUUGGAAAAGGGAAAGGAAAGGAGAAAAAGAGAGCGAGAUGGACUUAGAGAUUUCAUAACUGUGCAGGGGUGGGGGGGAGAUCUACAAAAGGGGGGGUGUCUCAGCGCCAGAGGAGGAGCGCGGCAUAAAAGCAGAGAUCUGCUCUCUCCGCAAGAUCUCUUAAUAUGACUGAACUCCGACUUUUGCUCAGCCUCCCAAGCCUCAAGCUUUUGGAUUUAAGGUAGCUGCUAUGAAGGCCGGAAACCUGAUUUUAAUUCUGUGGCUCCACUUCACCCUGGGACAAACGAACCCUCAAAGAGCCAACCAGGACCGUCACAGAAAAGGUCAACUUGUCAUUCCUCGGAACGGAAUGUCAGACCCGCCCCGAGGUGCAAUCGUGGCAGCCCAAACUCGGAAAUCUGAGGUCGUGUCGGAUGUUGGCAGGCGUCCAGAUUUCGUUUCGGCUGGAUUUGGAGAUGCAAGGCCUACGGAAGGAUUCUCCGAGAAUUCCCGGCAAAUUAGGGACUGAAAUAUUGUCGUCUUCCACUUGUACCUCGUGUGUUUGAUCAGGUCCUCACCUGUCUGCCCCCGAUCUCGAAGGAGACCUCCUCUUCCUCCUGGAUAGCUCCGGCAGCGUCUCCUACUACGAGUUCUCCAGGGUGAAGGAGUUCAUUGCAGACCUCCUGCGGCCGUUCACCUUCGGGCCCCACGAUGUCCAGACUGGGGUCGUCCACAUCAGCACCAUGCCCUCCCUGGAGUUCCCCUUCAACCGCUACCUCUCCAGCGGAGCAGUCCAGCAGGCCAUCCGGAAUAUCCAGCAGGUGAUGGGAGACACCAACACGGGACGAGCCCUCUCCUUCGCCAAGGAGAAGCUCUUCACGGCGGAAGCCGGCGCCCGGCCGGAAGUGCCCAAGGUGAUGGUCUGGGUGACUGAUGGCUUCUCCACGGAUGAUGUCUCUCAGCCCAUGCAGCUCCUCAAGGACAUGGGGGUCACGGUCUUCAUCGUCAGCACCGGGCGCGGUAACUAUCUGGAGCUCUCGGCAGCCGCCAGCCCACCCCCGGAGAAACAUCUCCACUUUGUGGAUGUGGACGACUUGCCCAUCAUCACCGAGGAGCUGAGAGAUGCCAUCAUGGACGUCAUCCAGGCCAAGCGGCUGCGUGCCACAGACAUCUCCUCAAGCAGCUUCCGGCUAACGUGGCCCAAACUUCUCACCCACGGCACCGGCUACUACCUUUUGGAGUACGCCCCCACCGGAGACCCCCGGCGGAAGCUCACCAAGCAGCUGAGCGGUGACCACACCAGCAUCGUGGUGGGCUACCUUGCCCCGCAAACAACCUAUGAGGUGGCCCUCAUCCCGGAGUCCAACGAGCGAUACAUCCCACCCCAGACCACCAGGGUCACCACCUUGGAAGAGGCCAUCAGCCCCGCCCAGGUUCUCAUCUCAGACUCCAAGCCCCACAGCGUCCGGGUCAGCUGGGCCCCCAACCCGGACAGCGUGGCCAGCUAUCAGGUGCUGUACGGGCCCCUGCCCGGGAACGCCGUCAAGCUGGUGGAGGUGGAGGGCAACCUCAACAGCACCGUCCUGGAGGAUCUCGCGGCCAACAGCACCUACCUGGUGACCGUCUCGGCCAUCUACCGGUCGGGGAAGGAAAAGGCGCUAUCGGCCAAGGCGUGCACGCAGGAAGAGAACUCCCGGGUCAAGCACCUGCGCUUCGAAGACCUGAGUCCCAGCACCGUGAAGGCCACGUGGGAUCCGGCCGACGGCAACGUCCUCGGCUACCGGGUGAGAUGCCGGCGCCAAGCCGGCCCGUCGACCCUCCUCAGCGUCUCGCCGCAGAUCCACAGCGUCCUCCUCUCCGAUCUGGCCACGGGCAGCACCAACAAAGUGUGCGUCAAACCCGUGUACAAGAACCUGCCCGGGAAAGGCCUGUGCCAGAUGGUCCACAUGCAGCCGGCUUCGCCAGUGAGAGCCUACAGGCACCGGCAGAGGGCGUGAUCGGCGUGAUCGGAGCCUCUGCAGAGCAGAGGGGAAGUCUGGGAUAAGAAUGAGCGUGGCGGGGAACCUAUACCAGCGGGUCCGGUGGUCACACCCAUACCAUUCCCCCGAAGUACUCUGUCUCCCUCUAGUGGCAUUGAAGUUCCUGAGAUUUUGAGUAGUGUAUAGACAACGGCUCCCCCUAGAGGAUGGAAUCCGACCACCACGCCAGGUCAUCCCUCCCGUUUCAUCACUCCACGCCCGGCCAUCGCUCUUUUCUCCUUCCUUGUAUUCCGGCGACAGCGAAAGACUGGGAACCAAGCUUCCUGUUUCCUUACUGUAUUCUAUUUAUUUGUGUUCGUGUUUGGUUUGGCUGGGAAAGAAGGUCACGUAUUCCUCCCCUUAUGUACCUGUACCAAUGUAGAUCUGCAGCUGCUGUCUGCUGAGUGGGGCCCGUGGCCCACCUGGCUCAGUGUAGCCAACCCAGACUGGCAGCCGCUCCCAGGACUGUCCACACUGUCCGGCUCAGUGUAGCCAACCCAGACUGGCAGCCGCUCCCAGUAGUACCGUCAACACUGACGGGCAGCAUUUCAGGCAGGGCUGCUUCUCAACCCAACCUGGAGUCACUACCAGGGAUUGAAGCCGGGGCCUUCAGAAUGCAGAGGUGGGGCUCUGCCACUGAGUUAUGGCCCCAUCCUAUCUGACUGACAAUCUGCUGUAAUAUCUUUGUUGAGCCCCCAGUAUGGAAUGAUGGACAUCCCAACCCACCCACCCCUUAGAGACAGCCAAUCUUUUCAAAAAUGCUUUGUCACUGAAAUUUCCUCGGGUGUUUUGUUCAGGCAGGAACCUCCAAACUUGCCUUGGGAUUUCACUUGUGAGUAAUUUCACUGUGGGGGGACAUCUGCCGUUUAUUUAUCUCCACGGCAGGACAUCUUCCCCUGCUGGAUUUUUGGUGAUAAGGGCGUAAUUCUCACUGAAAUGAGCCUAGAAUCCUCACACCCUAGCUUUUUGUCUGUGGAUCGUUCCAUGGAAAAUAAUUUAAUCAUAUAUAUAUAUAUAUAUACAUUUAAUACAUCGCUGCCGUCUGCUGAGUCUGGCCCAUGGUCCCUCUAACUCUGCACUGACUCUGACUGGCAGCAGCGCCUGGUAUCGUUGGCACUAACUGGCAGCUGCUCUCUGGCAUCAAUCUGCACCUGGCACCACUUCAGACUGCAGGCGGAGGUUCUUUGACUGAGUCUUCACCUGUAGCUUGAAAUGGCCUGAUCCAGUCACAGGUGAGCUACCCAAAUGAGAGUUAGGCACACACACACACACACACACACACACACACACACACACACACUGAGGAGCAGAGCCAGUUAAGAAGUGGGUGAUCCUAGAAAUGUGACAGAAUUGAGCACUCUGGAUCUUUGUUUCUACCCAGCUGCUUUUUAAAGUAUCCAAUCUCCAUUGUCGGCCAGUCCAGAUGUAGCCUGUGCUGAGUUUGGGGGUAAACAGCCGAAAUCUUUCCUGCAUCGAGAUGUCCUUGCCGGUCCUCGUUCUUUCUCAUCAGCCAGAAACCGUUUCGUUCCGAGCGACCUUUUCCGUGUAGCUUGACUAAUAUGGUAGCAAAUUAUUGCCUAACUGUUCCGUUGUACUGCAUCGUUUGGAAGACCGUGAAUUAAACAGAGAACCAAUGA